UGUACCAUCUCGUUAGAGAAAUCCCAUUCGCUUCUUCCAUCGUCACUGAUGUUAUGGCGGACUACAACAAGCACAGCAGCAAGCGGCUCUCCGAUGAUGGAGCAGGACCGGAGGAGAAGGAAGGCAGUGUGAAAACUAAGACUGUCUCUUCCAGCACUGGAGGAGGGGGGAAACGCUCGGCCCAGGAGGUCAGCCCUGGCCCGGGGAAGGUGUCCACCUCGAGCCACCCGGUACCCCCAGCCCCCAAAGUCUCCAAGAUAGGAUUUGGUCUGAUCAGCCAGCCUAUAAAGAAGCCUGCGCCCAUCUCCAUCAAGCUGGGUGCUAGUAAACCCAAAGAGCCUGUACCUGUUCCUGCCAAGAAACCAGCUCUGGCCUCGGUUUUCAAUGUUGACUCUGAUGAUAGUGAGGAGGAGAUGCCUGCAGAAGCCAAGAUGAGGAUGAAGAACAUUGGCAGGGAGACGCCCACGUCAGCAGGCCCCAACUCCUUCAACAAGGGGAAGCAGGGAUUCUCCGACCACCAGAAGCUCUGGGAGAGGAAGCUCAAGUCUCAGACGGACACUGACCAAUAGGGCUCCGCCUCAUUGGUUAUUAGUCACAGUAAGACCAGUAGGGCUCGGCCUUACUGGGUUGCUAAUGACAACAGUCAAACUGCACACCGUGUUUGUUUGGAAUGAUGUCACCUUGAUUGAGGUCUUUUUCUCUUCGUUUGUCUGUUGACGAUGGUGUAAAAACAAUGUACAUACUGCUAUGUAAUGAUGGGGAGACAUUCGUGCUAUCAAGCAUAUUGUUUUGUUUUAAACGUGUGUGUGUGUGUGUGUUAUAUAGCAGACUGGAGUGGGUGUGUGUGUGUGUGUGUGUGUGUGUGUGUUAUAUAGCAGACUGGAGUGGGUGUGUGUGUGUGUGUGUUAUAUAGCAGACUGGAGUCGGUGUAGUUCAGAGCAAUGAGGAUAUGUUUUGGGAAAGGGAGCUUCAAGACAACUUAAUAAUAGUUUGACUCAUCUAGGAUAUAUCACUACUUUAUAACAGUCCUAACAGGGUUUUCAACCCUGGCCUUUCCCUCAUUUAUAUACUGUCUGUCAUGCCUUUAUAGAGUGAUCCCAGACAGGAACCAUUUCUCCCGUGCCUGAGGUUGACGUGUAGAAAUAUUCAUAUUAGGACAAUAAACUUACAUUCAAUUCCAA